UCUAGAGCCUUGUAUGCCAUUGUAAUAUGCACAUUGCUAAGUACUAUACAAGCAUAUAAUUUGUAUUACAUGUAUUCAGCAAGAUUCAGUGUGCUGUUAUUACUAUAAAUGUGCAAUAGAAUAUAUUCAUAUUUUAUAAAUAAAUGUUGCCAAAAUAAAACCUUUUUCUAUAAAACACUACAAAAUUCCAAUGAACCUUUCAUUUUGAUAAUCACGACCGCUUUGACAUCGUGUUUCCUUUGACAAAUAUAGUUGUAUAUAUAGAUAUUUCAAUAUAGUUUAAUAUAUAUAUUUGUAUAGUAUUUAGUUUAAAAAUAAUAAAGCAUGCCUGUAGAUUGUCAGAAAUCAACCUGUGGUGGGAAAGGCAAUCAUGGAAUGUUUAUAGAAAGAAGUCCAAAUCUAUGUGCAGCGGGUCUACCAACAGCUCAACCUGAUGACCAUGUAGAAGAUUCUUUGCAACAUUACUUAUUAAAAGAUGAAGUAGACUCUCUUAUACGCGAUGCCAUUAUUCCAGUAGAUAAACCACGUGCGCUUCCUCCAUUGCGCAAUCCUAUAUCACCUGACAAGCGAAAUGGAGGACCCUUUUGUGACGUCGCUGAGAUUGUUAAUCCACCAAAUAAAUCAAAAUUUCAAUCAUUAGUCGACGAUUUUAAAGAUACUACAUAUUCUUCGUAUUGGAAAAAACCAAUUGGAGGUAUGCAUGACUCGGUUCCAAUGUUUCCAGAGGGAUUUGAUGUAUUUGGAACCACAUUCGGAAAGAAAACUCCAUUUCAUGGCCGCUUGUAUGAUAUCGUGAUGCCAAAGGACCCAUAUCCGGAUAAUACUUGCUCAAAGCGUCCCGGAGAACAAAAAGAAUAUAAUUACUGUAAACCUGCAUUUGAUUCCAAUUUGACUUAUGGGCACAGAACCUAUGUUGAUAAAAGAGGUUCAUAUGUAAAAUGUUGUUUAACUGAUGAUAGAAUUAUUAUAGGAAAAGGAAAUCGAACCAUUGUAAAUACUGUACAAGCAAAUUUUUUAGAUACAAAACAGCCUAGAUUUGGUACCGCCUUAACGCCAAAUGGAAAUAUAAAAGAAGUAUGUGAGGGCCACAGCUUUGGCAAACUAAAACCUCCUGAUAAUUUGCCGGAGUGUCUCACAUUUUGUGAAAUCAAUCCUGGUCUGGGUUACAUUCGUAAAUGCUUAAAGCACCUUAACACACUGCGUAAAUCUUUGUCCAAACGUUUCUUACCAACCUUCUUUCGUGGAUUUUAUUUAAAUUUAAAAAAUUUUGACGAACUUAAAUGUGGGUGGCUUCCAAAAGGUGAAGUAUAUAAAUUUUGUGGGACUAAAUUAAUAAGAUUUGAUCCAGCAUUAAUAGAACCUUUAUUAUCACUAUGGCAAGCAUUUGAUGGACAUAGGAUUAAAUAUGAAAUGUUUGUUCAUAUUAUCAAUUACAGAGAACCUUCUCCUGAAAUACCUAAAAUUCAUGAUGUACCACAAAAUUGUCUCGAUUUUAAGACAACGUAUAGUGAAAUGGUAAAACCUGAUCAAAAAUCAGAUCAGAGACCUAUGGCAGGAUUACCAUCCGGUCGUUAUUUUGAUUUAGACUAUCCCAUAAGCCCUGAAAAAUGUUGUAAAGCAGAUAGAAUAUGUCUUCCACAUGAAUCAGAUGUGAGAUCUUGUUUAUCUCCUUGCGUUUUAACUUUACUUCAUGUUAAUCAUCGAGAUAUGUACGUUAAACGCGAGCCAAAUAUUGUAAGAAGAGUUUUUGAAGCUUGCGGAGAAAACUUUAGCGAUGAAAAAUUUAAUGCAUUGUGGGAAAAAGCAAAAACAUAUCAUUCACAGGAAUGGGUUUGUUAUGACUCAUUUAAACGAGCAUUGGAGACUUUUGAAAUCAGAAACUGAAGAA